GCACAACACGGGGGAGGACGGCAGACAGCUGAGAGGAGGGGCUCUGCCACUUGGUGCUGGGAAGUAAAAAAGGAGCAGAGACUGGGAGUCAUUUAUUUCAAUCUCUGCUCUGGAAAAGGAGAACAAGGGACACUUUCACAAGAGACCUUGGCAGAGGUGCUAGUAGGAUCGCCCAUACGAUGUCUUCAGUAGGGAGGUUGUGUCUCUGCGUCGUGUUGAUCGUAUUUGGGAUCUUGCUGAUCAGUUUACCCAUCACAGAGAGUGCGUCAUGUGAGCCCGUGCGGAUCCCCAUGUGCAAAACGAUGCCGUGGAACAUGACAAAAAUGCCCAAUCAUCUCCACCACAGCACCCAAGCCAAUGCCAUCCUGGCCAUAGAGCAAUUUGAGGGCUUGCUAGCCACAGAAUGCAGCCGAGACCUCCUGUUUUUCCUUUGUGCCAUGUAUGCCCCAAUCUGUACCAUUGAUUUUCAACACGAGCCAAUUAAACCAUGUAAAUCCGUGUGUGAGAGAGCCAGGGCUGGCUGUGAGCCCAUCCUCAUCAAGUACAGACAUACCUGGCCCGAGAGCCUGGCAUGUGAGGAGCUGCCAGUGUAUGACAGAGGAGUGUGUAUAUCCCCAGAGGCAAUCGUUACCAUUGAACAAGGAACAGAUUCCGCACCAGAUUUUUCUAUGGACUCAAACAAUGGAAACUGCGGUGGUACUGGAGGUGAGCACUGCAAAUGUAAACCAGUGAAAGCUUCGCAAAAGACUUAUCUCAAGAACAAUUAUAACUACGUAAUCCGAGCAAGAAUUAAGGAAGUGAGAGUCAAAUGCCACGAUGUUACUGCUAUUGUAGAAGUUAAGGAAAUUCUCAAGUCUUCACUCGUGAAUAUUCCAAAAGAUACCGUUACACUAUACACAAACUCCGGAUGCCUGUGCCCACAGCUUGUUGUCAAUGAGGAAUAUAUCAUUAUGGGUUAUGAAGACAAAGAGCGUACCAGGCUUCUCCUUGUGGAAGGUUCCCUGGCUGAAAAAUGGAGGGACCGCUUAGCUAAGAAGGUUAUGCGUUGGGAUCAAAAACUUCGGCGCCCUCGGAAAAGCAAAUCUCCUAUUGCUCAGAAUACCAACAAAAACAACAAUGCACGGCAAGCGCGCAGUUAGAUUAUAAUCACGUUUUUCUAACACUCUGUGGACUUUUAUAUUAAGAUUUGCAUUGUCAGAAAGCAAAGAAAUAUUGCACUAUUUCACAUUAUAAUCUUUUUGUUAACUACAGAAAUUGUAGUUUUUGUCCUGUUAUCAAAGAAUAUUUUGCACAAGUUACUAAGCAAUAACUGACUUUAGUUUCCUGGUUUAUUGAUGUGUGAACUGAAUUUUCCAGUUAACGCACAGAGGAACAAGUCAUUGUUGUGUUGUUUUUUCAUUGCUGACCCAUUAACCCUUUAAUGAAAAAAGUUGAAUUCCACUAUAUGACCAAAGUAAUCUCCUAGCAGUGAUAUAUUUAGUGGGUUAAAGUCUAAUCCCUUGUCUAGUUUCACAGUCAUCUGAGAUCUCCAGAUUGGCCAUUAUUUAGGGAUAAAAGUGAAUGAACACAGAAGAUGAAAAGAGAGUCACUAUCAUUUGACUAACCUGCAUUUAAGUGGGAUUAAAUUUAAAUACUGGCCAAUUAAGAACUAAUUUGAGGAUUCCUAUUCCAAUCUACAGAAGUAAAAUUAAAAUGUUGACUAUUGGCAUUUUGUUGUGUUCGCUUGCAUCUUAGUUUGUAUUAUUUCCCAUAUAUGGGAUGUUAUGUAUGUUGAUCAUGUUUAAAAUAAAGGUGCUGCUUAGGCUGUUAUAAACACAAUGAUUAAAAUCUUUAGCUAAGCAUGUCAUAUAUUGUUUUAGACCAUGGGAUUACUAUAGAACAGUCACUUUAAAAACUGAUGCUUAAACUUGUACCAGACUAAAAUGUAGCCAACUGCCUAUAAUUGAAUUAGCUUUUCAAUAUUAAACCACAAAGGAAUAUACAUCACUGGGUAAAAAGAAGUAUUGUGUAUAUAUAUAUAUAUAUAUAUAUAUAUACACACACACAUACAUUUGAAUCAUAUAGUGACUUAAUAGCAUUGUAUGGAGUGUAUGGAGAGUACCUCACAACAUAUGUAUUAUUGUUAAUAAAAUGUGCAAUACCUUUACACUGAGAGCAUUCCCACACAACUCUCUCUUGAAUGGUAUAUAAUAAUGCUAAAUAUUUUACCUACUGAUAAACACCAUAAACAUUAAAACAAACCAUGUCAUGUCAA